AUGGUAUCAAAGCCAACUGGGCUCAUUGCUUCCGCCGCCAUGGUUCCGAUUUCAGAUCUUCAGAGCUUGCAAAAUGAUGUGAAAGCCAUGCAAGUCCAACUAUCUUCAUUUGUUGAAGAUUCCGGGAAGAGGUUUGAAACAAUGGAAACAACUCAGACUCACUUUCAAUCACAGUUAGAUGAGGUCCGAGAAGCUAAUAAGAAGCUGGAUUUUAUCAUCUCCAACAUGGGAUUGGCCUCACGAGCAGGUUCUGCCCCUUGCACACCACCAACCACCAUUCAAUCUUCUCAACCUAUCAACACCAACAGCUCCUUGCAAUCUGUUCCACCGGGAACUUCUGUUUGUCCAGUGAUUCAAGAGAUUGGAGGAAUAUCAGGUAACAAAACCCCGAUUCAAAAUACCCCUUUUACUCCUUCCACUUAUCCUAUAGGCAGAGGAUUCACUUUUCCUCCUGCUCCAGUGUUCAAUAGCCCUCCAAUUUUUCAAAACCAUCCUUACACACCUACUGCUUCUCCUCUUUUACCCACACCUGUAGACCACACUGAUUCUUCUUUAAAAAAUUUGAAGCCUAAAAUUAAUUUUCCAGAAUUUGAUGGAACCAAUCCAAGGGGUUGGUUGAGGAAAUGUGAGAAAUUUUUUGAACUUUACCACAUUCCUGAACAUGAGAAGCUAAACUAUACUUCUAUUCAUGUUAGGGAUAGGGUAGAUGUGUGGUUGGAUAGUUAUAUAGUCAACAAUAGAGGAAGGAUAACAUGGGCUAAAUUUUGUGUUGAAGUCUGUAGGAGGUUUGGUAAUGUAAGGCCUCAAGAUAUUGUGGAUGAGUUUAAUAAGAUAAUGCAGGCUGGCAGUGUUGAUCAAUAUCAGGAAAAAUUUGAGAAACUCACUAGUUACAUGUCCAUUAUCAAUCCCUUGUUGAAUGAAGCUCAUUUUGUGUCCAGUUUCAUUAGUGGCUUAAGACCUGAGCUAAAACCUUUGGUGAAGUUAGCCAAUCCCUUAACCAUAAUGGAUGCAUAUGAAACUGCUAAAGUAUAUGAAGAAUCUUUUUCAGCCUUAGCCUAUCUUGUUUCCCCUCCCAGACAACCUCAAUACAACUCUUACCCCAGAAAUCCCUCAAUUACCUAUCCCAGAACCCAAACUAAUCCCAAACCACCAACUUUACCAACCCCAAACCAGCCCUUAAGAUUGACUUACCCCACUCAAAAACCAAACCCAAGAGCUGCCCUCAAACCAAACAACUUGGAGACUCUUAGAACUCAGGGACUUUGUUAUAAAUGUCAUGAGAAGUACUUCCCCGGACAUCAAUGUAAACCUAAGACCCUUCAUGCCAUGGAAGGGGUGGAAGGUGAACCAGAACCGGAAGUUGAAGAGUUUAGUGAUGUUCCAGAAACCUUGGAAGAGCCAGUGGAGGAACAAGCUGAAAUAUCAAUCAAUGCAAUACUUGGCUUGUCUAAUACUAGUAGUCCCCAUAAGACCAUCAAAAUUAUGGGAUUUGUCAAAAAGAUUCCAAUAAUUAUGCUCAUUGAUACUGGUUCCACUCAUUCAUUUGUGGAUCCUAUUGUUCUUAAGAAGCUUAACAAACAGGCACAAUUCUUGUCUAAAACAAUGAAGGUAGUGGUAGCUAAUGGACAAAUCUUAACUUGUGAUAAGAUUUGUACUGGUUUUAAUUGGAAAAUGCAGGAGGAAGGGUUCAUUUUUGACAUCAGAGUGCUAAAAAUUGGUGGUUGUGACAUGGUACUAGGAAUGGAUUGGAUUGACAUGAUUGCUCCAAUCAUUCUGAACACUAGACCCUUGAGUUUAUCAUUCUUGAAGGAAGGAAAAAUGAUCACUCUACUGGGAAUGACAAGAAAACAAAACAUAUCUCAGGUGGAUAGCAAUGAAUUAUACAAGAUGCUCAAGUCAGGCAUCUGUGAGAUUAUGGCAGAAAUGUGUAUAAUCAGUCAAGGUCAUUCCUCAGGUGGUGGGAACCAAGCAGGUUCAAAGAUAAAAGCACUGUUGACAUCUUUCACUGAUGUGUUUCAAGAACCAACUGAAUUACCUCCUGCUAGAAACUGUGAUCAUGCUAUUCAACUCACUCAAGGAGCUCAGCCUUUCAACCUAAGACCAUACAGGUAUUCCUUUGACCAAAUGAAUGCAAUUGAGGGUAUAAUACAAGAUAUGCUUAAAGCUGAGACUGUAAUGCCUAGUCAGUCCCCUUUUGCUUCACCUGCUCUAUUGGUUAAAAAGAAAGAUUCUACAUGGAGGUUGUGUGUCGAUUAUAGAAGGCUAAAUAGCAUGACUGUUAAAAACAAAUACCCUAUCCCUAUUAUCAAAGAUUUAUUGGAUGAGCUCAAUGGAGCCAAUGUUUUCUCAAAAAUUGACCUUAGGGCAGGGUACCAUCAAGUGAGAAUGAAAGUCAGUGAUGAACAUAAAACUGCUUUUAGAACUCACCAUGGUUUGUGGCAGUUUAGAGUAAUGCCUUUUGGAUUAACAAAUGCUCCUGCUACUUUUCAGUCCCUUAUGAAUGAUGUGUUUCAGUCUCAAUUAAGGAAGUUCAUACUUGUCUUUUUUGAUGAUAUUUUAAUAUAUAGUAAAAAUGAGGAGGAUCAUUUCAAACAUCUGGAAGUAGUACUGCAAGUUCUAAGGCAGCACAAGUUGUUUGCCAAACAAAGUAAAUGUGACUUUGCUCAAUCACAAAUUGAGUAUUUAGGACAUAUUAUUUCUGGAAAGGGUGUAAGUACUGAUUCCAGGAAAAUUGCUGCUAUGGUGGACUGGCCCCAACCAUCUACACUCAAAGAACUAAGAGGAUUCUUAGGAUUGACCGGCUAUUAUAGAAAGUUUAUCAAGAAUUAUGCAAUCACAAGCAGGCCUCUAACUCAGUUGUUAAAAAAAGAAGGUUUCAAAUGGGGACCUGAGGCCUCAAAAGCUUUUGAGGAACUGAAAGGAGCAAUGACAACAGCUCCUGUUCUUGCAUUACCGGAUUUCAAUAAACCAUUUGUGCUAGAAGUGGAUGCUUGUAAUAGUGGCGUGGGUACUGUACUAAUGCAAGAAAGGAGACCUUUGGCUUUCAUGAGUCAAAUGCUGAGCAAAAGGCAUAUGGGUCUGUCAACAUAUGAGAAGGAACUCAUUGCCCUUCUGAUGGCAGUGGACAGAUGGAGACAUUACCUUCACCCCAACCACUUCAUCAUCAAAACUGACCAUUUUAGUUUAAAGUUUUUGCAGGAACAAAAGAUCAAUACUUGUUUACAACAUAAAGGUUUGACAAAAUUGAUGGGGCUGAGCUAUGAAAUUCAUUACAAAAAGGGAGUGGAAAAUCUGGUUGCUGAUGCAUUAUCCAGGAGAAAUGAAACAACAGAACAAGCUCAUUUCCAUGUAAUCACUCAAGUACUACCAUGCUGGAUUGAAGAGGUCCUCAACAGUUACAAAGAGGAUCAGAAUAUCACUCAAGCCAUUACUUCCAUCAGUGUUGAUCCCAACAGCAAUCAGAAUCUCAGUCUGCAACAAGGCUUAUUGCGGUACAAGGGAAAGGUUUGGGUUGGCAACUAUGGGGAGUUAAGGCAGCAACUAGUAAGGACCAUUCACACUUCAGGAUUAGGAGGUCACUCUGGAGUAAUGGCUACUUAUCAAAGAGUGAAGGCUGUGUUUUACUGGCCAGCUAUGAUUGAAAACAUUAAGAAAAUGGUGCAAGAAUGUGAUGUGUGCCAAAUAUGUAAAGAUGAGUAG